AUGCAGAUCUUCGUCAAGACCCUCACCGGCAAGACCAUUACCCUCGAGGUCGAGUCCUCGGACACCAUCGACAAUGUGAAGUCCAAGAUCCAGGACAAGGAGGGCAUCCCCCCUGACCAGCAGCGCCUUAUCUUUGCCGGCAAGCAACUCGAGGACGGCCGCACCCUCUCCGACUACAACAUCCAGAAGGAGUCUACCCUCCACCUCGUCCUCCGUCUUCGUGGCGGUAUGCAGAUCUUCGUCAAGACCCUCACCGGCAAAACCAUCACCCUCGAGGUUGAGUCCUCCGACACUAUCGACAACGUCAAGUCCAAGAUCCAGGACAAGGAGGGUAUCCCCCCUGACCAGCAGCGUUUGAUCUUUGCUGGAAAGCAACUUGAGGACGGGCGAACCCUCUCCGACUACAACAUCCAGAAGGAAUCCACGCUUCACCUGGUCCUCCGCCUCCGUGGUGGAAUGCAGAUUUUCGUCAAGACCCUGACGGGAAAGACAAUCACGCUUGAGGUCGAGUCAUCAGACACGAUUGACAACGUUAAGUCCAAGAUUCAAGACAAGGAGGGCAUUCCACCAGACCAGCAGCGUCUCAUUUUCGCUGGCAAGCAGUUGGAAGAUGGCCGGACACUGUCUGACUACAACAUCCAGAAGGAGUCAACGCUGCACUUGGUGCUUCGUCUCCGUGGUGGCGAGUAA